AUGGCCAAUCAAGCAGAUUACAAGAACCGAGAGUUUCUCGCCGUCAUUGGCGACGAGGACUCGGUGACGGGCUUGCUUCUCGCAGGCAUCGGCCAUGUCACAGCUGGCGCCGACGCUCAAAAGAACUUCCUCGUUGUAGACGGCAAGACGGACACGGCGGCCAUUGAAUCGGCCUUUGAUCGAUUUACCCAGGACCGAAAAGACAUCGGCAUCGUCUUGAUCAACCAACACAUUGCGGACAGAAUACGGCAUCGAAUUGACACAUACACUGCAGCUUUUCCUACCGUUCUCGAGAUUCCCAGCAAGGACCAUCCAUACGAUCCCGAGAAGGACAGCGUUUUAAGGCGAGUUCGUCGUUUGUUCGGAGAGUAA